UAGACCUAAACGAGACACUAAUUACAGGGCUUCCAUUCAGGUCUCAGGACUCGCUCCCCAAGAAAUUGUUCAUGUCCCAUGAUCAGUACCAGUUCAACAGGCCAAAUGGUAACGACUACGACAACGCAUUAAUCAAGAAACUAGAUGCUCGACGGAACUUCGACAACCGAUCUCCACCUCGCCGGUCUGCUCUCAGUGCAUCUGCAAAUAAUGCUGUUUCCGGCUUGGUUGCGCAAGAACACCGCUUGCACCCUCAGCUAACGCCACUUUCCCUUCCUAUUCGAUCGGGCAACAAGUUAGUUAUCGACUCUCCCGGUCGUUAUACGGAUACUCCUCCACAAUCUGCACUUUCGCCACGCGGUCCGUCUUUCUACGGAACUGCUAGCAGUGAAUACCGCUCUCCCAUUGAACCGAUAGAUCCAGAUCGGUCACCAUUCUCACGGACGAGAAGAAACAACAGCGGUUCAUUGCCGGACGACGCAACAAUAUCCACGCAUAGUAGCUACGACAAUAUGGAUGAUAACGAUUUCCCAAUGGAGGAUAGGUCACAAGUAGAUGACUACAUGUCACGAUCAGACCAUCAGGCCAUUGGACAAAAGAGGCGGGCAUCUUCACCGCCUGGUGAUGAUCUCCCAAUGCAGGGUAUGCCCGGAUCAUGCGACCCAUUGCGACGUCGCGAGGGUGCUUCAAGGGCAUCACCAACUCCACGUCUUACCGGUGUCCUUCCGGGGUCUAUCGCUUCGGUUCCCUCGGCGACACGAAGUGGAUCUUUUGCUUCGAGCGCCUCACUGACCACAAACCUUUCCGGUAUCAACUCAUUUGCCGGGAGGUCACCUAGAGGUUUAUCUAGUGGAGGAUUAUCCCCAGUUGACGUUAUUUCGAACUCGCCUUAUAGUAUCCCUAAUUCCCUUGCUCACUCGCCGAGCGCUUCAUUUGCACGGGUACCUCACCAGCGCAACAUAAGUAGCGAAAACCGACGGCUUGCAUCUCCUCGCAAAGUAAGCGAGGUUUCAAAAGCAGGCAUUUCAAAAAUACCUGGUGGUUUCUUUAUGUGUGAAUGCUGUCCCAAGAAGCCGAAAAAAUUUGAGACGGCAGAGGAAUUAAGUGCCCAUGAGGCUGAGAAGCAAUACGAAUGCUCAUUUUGUGGCAACCGGUUUAAGAAUAAGAAUGAGGCAGAACGUCACCAAAAUAGCCUCCAUGUCAGACGUCACAGUUGGUCGUGCUCUGCGCUGCUUCUUUCGCGGUACGAUCGCGCAUUUCACGAGAGUACGAAUCGACCUGGGGAAGCCGACAUAUGUGGUUACUGCGGAGAAGAAUUUGAACGGCGUGGCGGCGUUGGGCGUCCACGACAACCAUCAGAGCAAGAUUGGGAGGAACGUCUGAGACAUCUUCAGGAGGUGCAUAAAUUUCGCGAAUGCAAUUCGAGCAAGAAAUUCUACCGCGCAGAUCAUUUUCGGCAGCAUCUGAAGCAUAGCCAUGCGGGAACAAGUGGUAAAUGGACGAAUAUGUUGGAAAAUGCAUGUAUGCUCGAUGAGGAACCUCCACAGCCAGCAAGAUGAGCGAAUUGAACUGCCCACAAGCGAUGGGGUUGGGUAGCAAUACUGCGCGGGGUUCUCGACGAGAAAGCCUAUGAAUUUUGGAUGCGCAA